AUGUAUUAUAUUACAUUUCUUAUUCUAAGUCUUGCUGUAUUCGUCUUCACUGACUCUGAAAGUGAAAUUAAAAAUCUUGAACAAAAUGCUGUUUCUGAACUCUUAGAAAAAAAUCUUAACAAUAAUGAUGUUCUUGUAAGCAAUUAUGGAGGCAAUACAGUAAAUGGUGCUUAUGGUCCACCAAAUAAAAGAUAUUAUCCAAGUUAUAAUUAUGGUUAUUAUAAUCAAUACUAUCCAUAUUACGGAUUUUACCCUAAUUAUUGGAAUUAUUAUCCAUAUAAUUAUUGGUAUGGAUAUGGACAUGGAUUUGGACACGGACAUGGACAUGGACACGGACACGGACACGGACAUGGACAUGGACAUGAUUAUGAUUAUGGUUAUGGUCAUCACCAUUUUAGACCACAUAAACAUGGACAUAAAAUAGAUUUUAAUUACAUAAUAAAAGUAAUAAGAGAUUGUGACAGAGUUUUUGAUAGAAACAGCAUAAAUGAUUUUACUGGAAGACAUGAUAGAGAAUUUUUCCAUUGUAGAGAAUUACUUAAAAAUUUAAAAUAUAUCAAUGUUGAUGAAUUAAAAACUGCACAAUGUAAAUUAAAUAACAUAAAUAAAUUAUAUGAUUCUACACAAAAAUUAAAAUCAACUACUAGAAUAAGAGAUCAAAAAUUAAGAACAAUUGAAAGAUAUGAAAAAUACGAUUCUGACCGUUUUGAACAAUUAAUAGCUCAAUUAAGAGAAGAUGUAGAUAAACUUAAUAUAACAAUUCAAAAUCUUAAUUUACAAAUUACUGAAGCAAAGGCUGAUUAUGAAGAAUGCCAACGAUAUUCAGAAAGCAAUACAAGUACACCUAGUCCUUCUUCAUUAUCAUAA